UUCCCCCUCAAUGCUUUGCUGCACUUAACCGCAGCCAACCCAAGCAGCGAAAAAAACAGAGGAACUUAUUGGGAGCAGGUGCAGUUCUUCCUCUCCGCCGCCGCCGCCGCCGCCCCUCUUUUAUCUUUUCCAGCUCCGAUCGCUUGCCUUCCUGCCACUCCAAUGGAAGCUCUUCUUCUCAACGCACCCACUUCACACCCAAUUGCUCGAAGAUCUCUCCUUCUAUCCUCACCUUCCUUCUUGAAUGGAGGAGCGUCCAUUUCGCUUGAUGACAAUCGAAGCAGAAUUAGACUUACCAGGCCUCCAUUCAUCCAAGCCACGCUUUCAAAACACACCGUUGACAUCCCUCCUAAUUCUGUAACCAACACUUCGGUUCCGACUCUUGGAGACGCAUUGGCAGCCACCCCUUUGCCUCCUCGCAAGAGGGUGUCGGCGGAUUCGCUGCAGUUCCCGCCUGGAUAUCUCGGCGCUGUUCCGGACCGUUCCGGUUCUGAUGAUGAUGGCGAGGAUAGUCUUAAUGCGAUGGAGUAUUUGACCAGAAUCUUGGGUUCGAAGGUGUAUGAUGUGGCUAUUGAAUCCCCGUUGCAGCUUGCGCCGACGUUGUCUGAACGUUUGGGGGUGAAUAUCUGGCUCAAGAGGGAGGACUUGCAGCCCGUGUUCUCAUUCAAGCUUCGUGGAGCUUAUAAUAUGAUGGCAAAACUUCCGAAAGAACAGUUGGACAAAGGAGUUAUAUGCUCUUCAGCUGGAAAUCAUGCUCAAGGAGUUGCAUUAGCGGCUAAGCGAUUAAGAUGUAAUGCUGUAAUUGCUAUGCCCCUUACUACACCUCAAAUUAAGUGGCAAUCAGUUAAAAAAUUGGGUGCAACUGUUGUUCUUGUUGGAGAUUCAUACGAUGAGGCACAAGCAUAUGCUAAAAAGCGGGGCGUAGAGGAAGGCCGCACAUUCAUUCCUCCUUUUGAUCAUCCUGAUGUUAUAGCAGGGCAGGGUACAGUUGGGAUGGAAAUUGUGCGUCAAAUAAAAGGCCCAUUGCAUGCAAUUUUUGUGCCAGUUGGGGGUGGUGGUCUAAUAGCUGGUAUUGCUGCUUAUGUCAAGAGGGUUUCUCCUGAGGUAAAGAUUAUUGGGGUAGAGCCAUCUGAUGCAAAUGCUAUGGCAUUAUCAUUAUGUCAUGGCGAAAGAAUAAUAUUGGACAAGGCUGGAGGUUUUGCUGAUGGUGUAGCAGUUAAAGAAGUUGGUGAAGAGACUUUUCGCCUUUGCAAAGAUCUCAUGGAUGGUGUAGUUCUUGUUAGCCGUGAUGCUAUAUGUGCUUCGAUAAAGGAUAUGUUUGAGGAGAAGAGGAGCAUCUUGGAACCUGCAGGUGCUCUUUCUCUUGCUGGAGCCGAGGCAUACUGCAAAUAUUAUGACUUGAAGGGAGAAAAUGUUGUGGUAAUAACCAGCGGUGCAAAUAUGAACUUUGACAAACUGAGUAUAGUUACUGAACUUGCCAAUGUUGGUCGUGAAAAAGAGGCUGUGCUCGCAACUAUAUUGCCGGAGAUACCUGGAAGCUUUAAAAGAUUUUGUGAACUGGUUGGGCCUAUGAACAUUACAGAAUUCAAGUAUAGAUAUAGUUCUGAAAAAGAAGCGGUUGUUCUUUACAGUGUUGGUAUCCAUAUGCCUUCCGAACUAGAAGAAAUGAAGAAUAGGAUGGAAUCGGCUCAGCUUGAAACUUAUAAUCUCACAAAGAAUGAUCUUGUAAAGGAUCACUUGCGUUACUUGAUGGGAGGCAAAUCAAAUGUUGAAAACGAAGUUCUUUGUCGUUUUAUUUUCCCGGAAAGGCCAGGUGCUCUAGAGAAGUUCUUAGAUGCUUUGAGUCCACGCUGGAACAUUACUUUGUUUCAUUAUCAAAGCAAGGGUGAAACUGGUGCAAACAUAUUAGUUGGGCUUCAGAUUGAAAAAUCCGACAUGAGCGAAUUCCAUGAACGUGUUCGGAGGGUCGGAUAUGAUUACGUUGUGGUAACUGAUGAUGGUAUCUUUCAGCUUUUGAUGCAUCAUAGACCAUCUCACAAGGCCGCAAAUCUCUUAAGUUGAUCCAAAUAUCGACAUAUUGAUGACUAAACGAAAGCGGGUAAAACAAGCUACUCCAAAUCUUGUACAUUGUAUUAGAGACGUGGCAUUCUGUACUUCAAAAGGCUACCAAGUAUCAUCCUUUACCAUGAAAUUUUGUUAUGUGUUUGAUUAACUUAGUGUUGUCUCUACUUUUACACGAUUAGGGGUGGGGGAUCAUUUCAGAUACUCUCUUCUUUGUGUUGAUGUUGGAAUAGCUCUGUUUUAUUUGUCCAAUUCAAAAUAAUGGAUGAUGAUGGAAAUUAGUAGAGUCAAGAGUGGAGUCUACUGGUAAAGUCAUAAGUCUGUAUUGGGGAAAUUGACCAACUAUCCUUGUCUGAAUGAAAUGAUGCAAGUAGUACUAAAACUAGAUUUUACUGCUUA